AUGAGUGGUCCGUCCUCACUCCAACGUGCUGGUGGUCGAGUCCGGAGUGCUUGUGAUCUGUGUCGUCGGAGAAAGAUUCGCUGUGACAAUGCUCAACCUGCCUGUGAGACCUGCGCUUUUGCCGGCGUGCCUUGCACCUUCACAGAACAACCUGAUCUACCACGAAAAAGCCUCCGAGAUCAGCUUUUGGAUGCCCGAGCACGGAUACAAGAGCUAGAAGCGCAAUUGGCCGUCCCCAAUUCCGAACCGAGCACAACAGACCUGAGCGAGCGAAGCACACCUCCCAUUGACACUCCAAAAGACCCAUGGCUGCGCUUGAUGACUCUUGACCACCUUCCAGAUACAUACGACCUCGACACUUCCCUGGCGACAUUCCAGACAGAGAUUGCUCACUGCGGGGUGGGGAAAGACGGCUCUAUCCAAAGAGCGUCGUUCUUCUCCACAGUCUACCAGAGAACGGGUUCUCCAAUUGAUCUCGACCACUUCCUGGCUCAAGCAGCACAAUCAUUCCAAUUUCAAGGCCUCCAGCGACGGACGGGUCCGAAGCGGGCGCUGUCACCCAAGUGGCCCCCCACGUCUCUAGUGAAACACUCCAUAAACCACUAUGCCCGGAGUGGCUUGUAUUCUAUUUUCCCAGUCGCAAAUGCUGAUGCGUUGAGUCAACUGGUCGAGGAGGGUGUGCUAAAUUCUCAGGACGCCACCGUGCCCGCGGCUAAUCUGGCCUGUCUCGUCGCAUUCACUGCGAUGAUGUGUGUAAUGCAUCGACUCGAUCCGGCAUUCAGCGAUGCCGAUCCUGAUGCCUACAUCCAGGCUGCACUUUGCCUCGUACCCAGACUCCUGAUGGAAAAGCCCACAAUCCGGAGUCUGGAAGCGAUUGUCUUGAUAAUGACCUAUGUCAUGCCAGGUGCUCAGGUCGAACCAGGCCAACUGCUACUCGCUCUCGCUACGAGAAUGAUCUUCAGCCUCGGGGGUCACCGAUAUUCCGUCAUUCACGAGGCAGAAGGCAGACAUCUCCGCGCUCUGUUCUGGUUCUGCUACGGUGCCGACAAGAACAUGGUCAUCCGGUACAAUCGAGCGCCCCAUUUCAUCGACAUGGACUGCGAUCUUCAGAUCCCAGACAAUUACGUCUUGUCGUCGUCCGACAAUCAAUUCUUCUCGCGGCCCCUUUCCAACGACGAGCUACUCUUCCCCUCCGACAUCCGACUAUCACUGCUCAAAUCCAAGGUGUACCAUCUACUCUACUCCGACAACGCCCGCGCUCAGCCCGAAGCCCGUCGUCUGCAGUACAUACGCGAGUUAGACCAGGAACUCAACGAGCUGAAAGCGACAUUCCCCGCCAGCUGCUGGCCGGACCUCUUCGCGACGGAGUCCGCGCCCAAUUACACGUUCCACGAUCUGAGCCUGCGCGGCGUGUGCCUCCAUCUCGAGUUCUACUUUCUGUUAGGCAAGAUCCACGAAGCGGGCGGUGCUUUCGGAAGCAGCCUCAGCAAUCCAAGCUGGUCUAUCCUGCCAUCCAGCGCCGAGCUCUUCCAUCAAGAAUCACGAUCCAUACUGAUCUACAUCUGUCGCACCCGCGAGUUCCUCAACUGGCAUACCUUCUGGAUCUAUGCUCAGUUCCUGCUGACCGGCGUCUUCUCGCUGUUCAAAUUCAUCAUCACCUACCCCACCGCGCCGUCGUACGAGAACGAUCUGCAACUGCUACAAAGCGUGGUGGACAUUUUCACGGACCUCGAUCGCAAGGAGUCGCCCGACAUGAGGGGCCGGUUUCCCCCGUUCUAUUUCACGGUCUGUCUGGUCAAGCGACUGAUGUUUCUGGCCAGACAGGCCUCUGCCAGGACUGGCGCAUGAUAGCUGUAUCGAAAGUAUAAUAGUUAAACUUCAUCUGUAUACUACAAUACAAC